AUGUCGGAGAAAAUCGCUGUGGAUCCCGAUUAUUAUAGGGGACAGGAUGAAAUUAUCCCGAGUGAUUUCGAGUCGGAGACCACGUCGCUCUCCUCGACAAUUUAUAGAGGAAUCAUGGAAAAUGGUCGCCGGUACCAGAACCUGAAAGAAGGCGAAUACUGGGGUCCUGCCGACGAGCAGCAGUUUGAAAGCUACGAAGCAGGUCAUUUAACUUAUCUUGUGGUCGACUCGGAAACGCCAAACCCGCUUUUUCAGGCCCCGGUCACCAACCCCAAGCAUAUUUUGGACGUUGGAACUGGCCGAGGCUCUUGGGCUAUCGAUGUCGCCGACAUGUUCCCGAAUGCGACUGUCCGAGGAGUGGACCUAUACCCGCCGCCAGAGACAUGGCUCCCUCCUAACUGCAUCAUGGAGGUAGAUGACGUACUCCAAGAGUGGACCUGGCGAGACCAGUUCGAUCUUGUCCAUCUCCGCCAAAUGAUGGGUUCAUUCACCAUUGAGGAAUGGCACAAGUUUUAUAAGCAAUGCUAUGACAAUAUCAAGCCUGGUGGCUGGAUUGAGCAAAUGGAAGGUAACCCACGCGUCCGCUGUGACGACGGCAGCAUACCUGAUAACAACAGUUGCCUCUUGUUCGGCCUGGAGUGUUGUAGAGCAGCCGAUAACUGGGGCCGCCCUGUCACAUUGGCUGAUAACAUGAAGCAGGAAUUGGAAAAGGCGGGUUUUGUUGACGUCCACGUGAAGGAGUACAAGUGGCCGAUCGGCGCCUGGCCUAAAGACCCUAUUCUCAAGGAAGCUGGUAGACUGCACUAUCACCAAUGGACCUCUGGUAUGGAGGGAUGGGCAAUUUUCUUUCUGACGAAAUAUGGCGUUCCUGAGCCAUGGUCGAUCGAAGAAGUUCAGGUGUUGAUGGCAAAGGUUCGCAAGGAGAUUCAUAAUCCUCGCCACCACCUCUACCAGGUUGCGAGACGAGUUUGGGGCCGAAGACCGACGGUGGAAGAAGAGCAAGCUCGAGAGAAGACCAAGGCGACCGAGGCAAAGGAUAAAGAAAUCAAGAAAGAGCCAAAGGAUAACUAA